UUUUUCUUUUCUCCCAUUUCCAAAAGCAUAGAAACUGCUGAAAGGGCGAGAGAGUGAAGAGCAAAAGAGAGCCAAAUUCGCCGUUCAAGAGGUGCGACCUGAGAUCAUAGCCGGAGUAUUCACCGUUUUCAAUCUACGAUGUGGAGAAGAUUGCUCUCUUCGUCGCUCAAAUCCUUAAAAUCUCUUCCCUCUUCAUCGACGCCUGCAUCCGCUCCGUUGGGAUGCAUUUCCCAAGCCGCUCGACUCGGUGCUGCUUCUCAUCUUUCUCCUUCCUCGACUGUCUCGCUUUUCGCUCGCCAUUACGCCUCUGAUUCUGCUGAUACUGGUCUGAAGAAGAAGGUUGAGGAUGUUAUGCCAAUCGCAACCGGACACGAGCGUGAAGAGCUUGAAGCUUCUCUUGAGGGAAAAGACAUACUUGACAUAAAUCAUCCUGUUGGCCCCUUUGGAACUAAGGAAGCACCUGCAGUUAUCAAGUCAUAUUAUGAUGAAAGAAUAGUUGGAUGUCCUGGAGGUGAAGACGAGGAUGAGCAUGAUGUUGUCUGGUUUCGGCUGAGGAAAGGAGUGCCACAUGAGUGCCCUGUGUGCUCACAGUACUUUGUGUUGGAAGUUGUGGGACCUGGAGGCUCGCCUGAUGGUUAUGGAGAUGAUGAUCACCAUCAUUGAUUAACAGUCAUCCAUCUCGAGAAUAAAACUUGGCUUUUAGACGAAGAAACAGAUAUCACAAUUGGUGCUAUUUAAAGCUGUGUUUUGUUUGUUUUCUACUGUUCCUUGUUUCUUUUGCAGUUCCUUCAGCAACAAAAAGGAAUUCUGAGUUUUUUCGAAGUCAGUCGCGGACACUGGCAACUCAUCUGCUAGAAGUACAAUUUUUUUUAGCUUUUCUUCUAUGAAUUUCCAAAUAAUUGAAGACAUCUCAAUUCUUUUCCAAACAAACUCCUUGAUCUUAGAAAAUAAUCUCAUGAACCUGCGGAAACAAAUCGAUUUUAGGAAGUUUGAAAUGGCUGUAUGGAAGUGGCUUUAGAUGCCAACUCAUUGCCACUUUUAUUGCAAAUCUUGUCCAUUGUGUUUUGUUUUAA